UCCUUGUAGAUGAUGAAGUAUGAGUUGGGAGGGUGUGGGGUUUCAUGUGUGCUGUACGUGUUAUGAAGCCCAGCGUUGAUUGAUCUGAUCAAAUCGUGCCGCGGGGUCGCAUGAAGACGCUUAGAAAACCUGAUUAAGGGGUGAUCCUGCUGUCAGACACGACUGCUGCUCUGUUUUACUUGGACCCCAGCGCCCAAUGACGUCAUCACGUGCUCACGUUCGAACCUCAGAGAACAGGGAUUCACCACGAGCGACGCGUGACGUCAGCAUGGAAAAAAAAGUAUCGCCAUGGCAACCAAUAUCCUCGUCGCAACCCAUCAUUGCUGCAGCACCAGGAGGCUUCUUCAGCCGAAAAAGCUUCUGAUACCGUACAUAGUAUAGUUACCCAAAAGACCGUGCAAAAAAAAAAAAAAUAAUAAAAAAGAAGAACGUGUGUGCAAAUGAACUAAAUGAGAUGCACUGACAUUAUCACGUGUCCCGUAUUUUCCGUAUUGAACAUUUUUUAAAGGGAAAAAAGGCAAGAUGAGUCCCCAUGUGAGACACUUGGGAUGAAACCUGAAAGCUCAGCUGCUUCACACGUUGCAAUUACUCUGCUUAGGACACGUCUAUUUAGCGUUUACCUUUUAUUGGCGUGUCCGGCGUGACAGCUGCACAAAAAGAGCUCAUUAAAAAAAACACCCUUUUCCAAAACUGCUUGGAUGAUCAGAUUUCUCUCUUUGUUCGAGCUCCAACAUCACGGAAAUCAGGAGGAGAAACACACACGGACACACACAGGCUACAGGUUGCUGUAGUUAAUGGACAGUCAGCUCUCUCCCGUGUGAACUUCCCUGCAGUGCAAAUCACAACCCCUUCCUGCCGUACCUCAUCUAUUUCACCUUGACUCUGCACUUGUGCCCUCUCAUCUCCUCAUUCCUGCACUUUCCCACUCCAGCACCACCUUUUAGCCAUCUGGUCACUGAGGGAGUUGGAAUGAUGCCAGUCAUGCACACCUCCGUUUCCUGUUUCAACCAGGGCUAAUCAGAGGUAUCUCCAAACCUCCAAAUCUCCUCGUCACACACCGCUUCCGGCGAGAUGGGCGACAGUAGCUGGGUUUGUCUGAGCCCAGCUGAGUUCUCCCAACUUCAGCAAUACAGCGAGUAUUCUUCUAAAAAGCUGAAAGAUGUUUUGGAGGAGUUUCAUGGAAAUGGUAUACUCUCCAAAUACAAUCCGGAGCAGAAGCAAGAUGUUCUCAACCAACCUAUCGACUAUGAGGGCUUCCAGCUCUUCAUGACCACCUACUUAGAGAAUGACAUCCCGGAGGAACUGUGCCAACAUCUCUUUACCUCUUUUAAGAGUAAGACGGGAACAAGCAAUUCCCCUGAUGUCCCACGCACCGGAGCGCAACUGCUCGAACCCAAGUCGAUUGAUGCAGGUAUCUCUAUUCAGACAGAAGUAGCCUGCGCUCCUAUAACAGGGAUGAAUGGGAAAAGUAUUCUCAGUGCUAUGGGCAGACACACUCCAGAGCUCCCAGGUGGUGUGAUGCCAGGUUCAGGUGCCACAACCUCACCAUGCUCCUCUCGCUCCUCUUCACAACGCUCAGGCACAGGGGUCCACACUCCUCAUCGUUCGCCCAAACCCUCAGCAGGCAGCAGCUGCAAUGCCCUGGCACCCUCCAAGAGUGCCAACUCCCCUCGACUCUCUCCAGAGCAAAGUCGAUCAGACAAGGGGGUGUCUCUGAGGAAAAGUCCAUCCCCUCAGAAGAGUUCCAUCCCACCCUCAGCACAGAUCGUCUUCCUGAAAGACAUCGUUUGCUACCUCUCUCUGCUGGAGCGAGGGACUCCAGAGGACAAACUAGAAUUCAUGUUCCGGUUGUAUGAUACAGAUGGCAAUGGCCUGCUGGACAGCUCAGAACUGGACCGUAUAAUCAAUCAGAUGGUCCAUGUAGCAGAAUACCUGGAAUGGGACUCAACAGAGCUGAAGCCAAUCUUAAAAGAAAUGAUGGAAGAGAUUGACUAUGACCAUGAUGGAACAGUCACACUAGAAGAGUGGAUAAGAGGGGGAAUGACCACUAUCCCCUUGCUGGUAUUGCUGGGCAUGGAAACGAAUGUACAAGAAGAUGGGCAGCAUGUAUGGAGACUGAAGCACUUCAACAAGCCGGCGUACUGUAACUUCUGUCACACAAUGCUGUUAGGAGUGCGCAAACAAGGCCUUUGCUGCUCACUAUGCAAGUACACAGUCCAUGAGCGCUGUGUUUCCAAAGACAUUGCUGCUUGCAUCAGCACCUAUGCCAAGUCCCGCAGACACACCAAUGCUAUGCAGCAUGUUUGGAUGGAGGGCAAUUCUCCAACCAAGUGUGAUCGAUGUCACCGGAGUAUCAAGUACUACCAGGGCCUUACUGGCCUUCAUUGUGUUUGGUGUCAAAUAACUCUCCAUAAUAAGUGUGCAUCUCAUGUGAAGCCAGACUGUGAUGGUGGAGCAUUGAAAGACCACACCCUCUUGCCAUCUUACAUCUGCCCUGUUGUAUUGGACCGUCACUCUGCGGUGAAAAGAGGAGAGGGGGAGUCGCCCCCCAACGCCAGUCCUGAUGACUCCAACCAGUGCUUCAAGUUCACUGGAGAUGGUCAAGCACUACAGAUUACCCCUCUUCCUGGAACACAUCCUCUACUGGUGCUGGUUAAUCCAAAGAGUGGUGGUCGACAGGGAGAAAGGGUAUUGCGGAAGUUCCAGUACCUGCUGAACCCUAGACAGGUUUAUAGUCUGGAUCGUGGAGGACCCACGGUUGGAUUAAAUUUUUUUCGUGAUGUGCCUGAUUUCCGAGUGUUGGCUUGUGGGGGAGAUGGAACAGUGGGCUGGAUCUUGGAUUGCAUUGAUAAGGCUAAUUAUGCUCGCCACCCUCCUGUCGCCAUCCUACCCCUGGGUACUGGGAAUGACCUGGCACGCUGCCUCCGCUGGGGUGGAGGCUAUGAGGGAGGCAAUCUUCUUAAGUUCCUCAGGGACAUUGAACACAGUAGUGAAGUGGUGCUGGAUCGCUGGACCAUUGACAUUUCUCCGGAUGACAAGGAGGAAAAGGGAGACCCUGUGCCAUACAGCAUAGUCAAUAACUACUUCUCCAUUGGAGUGGAUGCAUCGAUAGCUCACCGAUUUCACUUGAUGCGGGAAAAACAUCCAGAAAAGUUCAACAGCAGGAUGAAAAAUAAGCUGUGGUACUUUGAAUUUGGCACCACGGAGACUAUUUCAGCCACGUGCAAGAAGCUGAAUGAGAGUGUAGAAGUGGAGUGUGAUGGCAUCAUCCUGGACCUCAGCAGCACAUCUCUGGAGGGGAUUGCUGUGCUCAAUAUUCCCAGCAUGCAUGGUGGCUCCAACUUGUGGGGAGAGACCAAGAAGAGACGCAACUACAACCGCAUGAGUAAGAAACUGCCCGAAAGGAUGUGUGUCAGCACCGUCACUGAUGUCAAGGAACUUAAAUUUUGUGUUCAAGAUCUGAGUGACCAGCUGCUUGAAGUAGUAGGCUUAGAGGGAGCCAUAGAGAUGGGUCAGAUCUACACAGGCCUGAAGAGUGCUGGUCGACGCCUCGCCCAGUGUGCCAGUGUCACCAUCAGGACAUCCAGACCUCUGCCUAUGCAGAUUGAUGGGGAGCCAUGGAUGCAGCCUCCAUGCACGGUACGAAUUACACACAAGAAUCAGGUGCCCAUGCUGAUGGGUCCUCCACAGAAAACCCCAUUCUUCUUCUUCAAGAAGCGCAACAGAAGUCGGGACUAGACUCACCUAUAACACUCACACACAUAUCUUCACUAAUUUCAGCCACUGUAUCUGCUCUGCUGGGGUGGUGAAGAGGAAUAUCUAAGAGGACAACUAGUACAAAAGUCAAAUUCUUUGGUGAUGGACAAAAAUGUAACUCAUACCUUUAUCUUGCAUGGACAAAGGACUCUGAUGCCUGUAGUAGCCUAACCUUUAGAUACUUCAGUGACUGAGGAAGUCAACCCAGCAUCUUGACCAAUUCCUGUGUGUUUAAAUCUCUGAUAUUCCUUAAAUGGACUGUAUAGACUGUACAUUUUAAUCAUUCCUGCCAGAGCCAAGACCACCAGACAAUUUACUUUGUAUAAUACUUUGCUCUCUCACAUCCUGUGAGUGGGUUCAUCAGACAAUACUGACUUAAAAAGACUGGAAUGGAAGGGAUAUAUGAAGAAUAAAAUAAGGUGCUCAGGAACAUCUUUAAAAAGAGUGCUGCAACUAAUGCUAAGGCCAGGGACGACCUAAAAAAUGAACCCUGUUGUGAGAGUUAGAGUGGGUUGGGCUCAGCAAACUGUCAUUGUGAAGGAGUCUGGUGAAUUAUAUAUCUAUACAUCUAUAAAGCCCCACAACAUGCUACUACUUAAAGGGACAAAAGAGUGAGCUCAUAUUUUAUGCAGUGUGUGGGCUGAUGAGAAAAGGAAGGCCCUAUCAUUUUCUUCUGUCCUAUCUGGUGUCCACCUUCAGACCAGUGAUAUCCAAAGGUAGCUAGUGUCCAAUUUUUUAAGUAAUACUUAAAAGCUUAGCGGUAAGUGCAGACAGCAUAGGCCAUGUUAAAUGGGUAAUCGAGGGAGGUAAGAAGUUGACGUGUUUAGUAAAGAGGUUUUUUUAGCCAUUUAGAAAUAAAGAUGGUGGUCCUUUCCCUACUGUCAAUUUCUCAUUAGUCUGUGUAUGCACUAUAGAUUGAAUAAACAGGUGUCAAAAAUGAAUCCCUCAGGCCAUGUCUACGACAUUAAGUAGACAACAUUGGAUUAAGCCCAGCCCUGUGGACCUGCAUAGAUAUCUGACAGACCAUAACCCUAAAUAUAUCACCCUAUUUCAGGCACAUCGUCUUUCCCAUGAAACACUAUACCUAAAAAACACCAUGAAAUCAUCAGCUCAUAAUUUUCAAGUCUGAUGACAGGGGUGUUAAAACGCCUAAAUCAUCCUUGUAGGAAAACAAAUCUAUGUUACUGUGUUUGUGCCAAUGUCCAAGCUUAGAAAGUAUUCAUGUUCUGAUGGCUGGACACCAUAUACGCUGUGAAGUAAAUGUUUUUUUAACCAUUCUUAUAUAGCCGAUCAAAAUGAUAUCAGCAUUAGACUAAGGAUGGCUAAAAUCGUGUAUAUGAAGACACCGUAGUUGUAUAAUCUGAGAACCUUGUGUGCGUAUUUACACACACACAUAUACAGUGUGUAUGUGUAUAUAUAUAUAUAUAUAUAUAUAUAUAUAUAUAUAUAUAUAUAUAUAUAUAUAUAUGAAUGAAUGUGUUUGAUGAUAUAACUUGUAGAGUAAUGUAAAAUAGCUUUAGAGAUUAGUAGUGCUAUCUCACGGGUGACAUUAAUGACUGACAUAUUGUCCCUGAUACAGAUAAGCACUCUAUGAUAGUCAAAUAUAUUGGCACUGUGUAGAACUGUGCACCUGAAAGUUAAAUUACUUGAGCUUCUCUAUUUCAGAGCUAGGAUCUUUUCAAAUAUAUAUAUAUAUAUAUAUAUAUAUAUAUAUAUAUAUAUAUAUAUAUAUAUAUAUAUAUAUAUAUGAAAGAUUUCAUUUCAAGUUGAACAUUUUUUAGGUAAUUUUAGAUUUCAGCACUAUUUUAGCACUGAUUGUACAGCAGAUGUUUCAAAAACUCAAUUCUCCAAACAGGCAGACUGCUCUGCCUCUGGUUCCCUUUAAUGAACACCAAAUCAAAGAUAGAGUAUCAAGGUCCUACAAAGCAAAUUUGUCUUGAUAAUCACAGGAUAUGACUUUCAAGUUCAUGUUAUUCCAGCUAAAUCUCCUGUGGUCAUCAUGACAGUUGUCUUUUAAAGGUCCUCUGGUGCUUAAAAAUUUUGGUUUGGUUAUGAGUGCAUGUUUACAAUUUAUUUUCAUUUUACAAUUUAGAAUGAUGUUUAUUGUAUAGAUAUUUUCUCUAACGUCACAUCACUGCAUGCCUGCUGAAUCGAAGAAGACAGCAAUGUCUGCUUGAAGAGAGACCUCAUUGAUUGUCUCAAGAAUCUGUCACCUUUUUAUUAUUUUAAUUCAAGACUUGUUCUGCUUUCGCUUAAUCGUUGUAGCCUACGGUGUUUAUUUCUUGUGUUUUCCUAUACUAUGUUGAAACAUGUUCAUGGUAAAAGCACCAAUGUGGCUGUUUUUUGGUAGGUUUUCUAUUGAGAAAAGUCUGGCACCCUGAUAAUGUGUUGAUGGGGAACAAAAGUAACAUUCUUCCCACAGGCAGCAUCUCCCCUGACACAGUACAUACCACUGUUAUGUUCUUUAUUGUUUAUUUUAACACAGUCAGUAACUAGUGGAGUUAAGCAGAACACACAGAAUAACAUUUUGCCUUGAGUAGAACAUGUUCAAUACAAACUGUAAAUUCAGCCAAAAAAUUAAUCAAACAUCUUUAUUGUGUUACAAGAUUAGUUAGCCAUUAUUAUUAUUACUUGCUUUUCCCUAUUAUUAAGAGCGUCACACUGUGUAUCUUAACAUCAUAAGUGUUCUAUUGUUAAUAUUUUACAUACGUAUUUCUUUGUUUUGUCUUAGUUAUCAACGUUUUACUGUUCUAUAUGUAACACUGUGAUAUAAUUGACAAAGAAAUGCUACUUGUCUGAAUAUCUUACUCAUAUAUUAGGGAACUGAAUACUCUAUGAAAACCCAAUUUCAGAACAACACUUCUUUUAACAGAAACACAGGGUGCACUCUUAAGGUUGUUAGUAUCUUUUUUGUAUUUUUCCUUUACUAAUUGUAGGUCUGACAAAGGCCAAAAUGCACACAUUUUCUUAACUAGGACAGCAUUAAAUGACACAGAUGCACUAGA